UUUUUACCAGACUAUUAUUUGUAUAAGUACUAUUUAAAUAGUAAAAAUCAAAGUGAAAUUUAACCCAAAAUUUUAGAUUUAAGGUACAUAUCCUAAAAUUUCUACAUUAAUGUAUUGUGUAUUGUAUCAUAUAAGUGGAGAUGUGAUUGAAUAAUUAUCUAGUGGUUUAAAAUCGUAUACUAAAAAAUAGUCGAAUUUGCCCAAGAAGUAAAACAUAGUUUACCACUCAAACCCAAGAGAAAACUUCAAAUAAAAUUAGAGAAUACUAAUUAAAAGAGCAGUUAAGAAAUAUGAUAGAAAGUGUAGGAAGUAAAAGCAGACACAAAGGUUGGCGGUUAUAGUUGGUUUUUGUUUCAAAAUGCACAUUCGAAACCCCCCUUCCCCCUUCUCACCUCUGUGGAAGCGUUGUGUAUCUUCUCUUCAAAAGCCACGUCCCAACCACUUCUAUUUAUAAAAAGGGAACUUUGUUUUUCUUCAAUGCGUUUUGCUUUGUCUGUCUUAGUGAGUUCCCUGUUCCGUUGCACUGCAUUCUUAUGCGCAAUGGCUAACAAUGUCACUAGCCGGUUCCAUCAAUCUCUCACUCGAAAUGCUCUUCGCUCUUAUCUCGCCGAGUUCAUGUCCACUUUCUUCUUUGUUCUUGCCGUUGUUGGUUCUGGAAUGUCCGCACGGAAAUUGAUGCCUGAUGCAACACUGAAUCCGGCUACCCUUGUUGUGGUUGCCAUUGCAAACGCUUUCGCCUUGUCGUCAGUGUUGUACACCGCAUGGGACAUCUCCGGUGGACACGCCAACCCGGCGAUUACGUUUGCAAUGGCAAUAGGAGGCCAUGUUAGUGUACCAACCGCUCUCUUUUAUUGGGUUGCCCAACUUAUAGCCUCUGUUAUGGCUUGCCUUGUCCUUAGGGUCAUCCUUGUUGGAAUGCAUGUUCCGACAUACACAAUUGCUGAAGAAAUGACAGGGUUUGGAGCAUCGGUACUAGAAGGUUUCUUGACAUUUGUAUUGGUGUACACAGUUUAUGCAGCAAGGGACCCAAGGCGUGGUCCAUUGAGUGCUACAGGACCACUUGUAAUUGGAUUUAUAGCCGGUGCAAAUGUGUUAGCCGCAGGUCCCUUCUCUGGAGGCUCAAUGAACCCAGCAUGUGCUUUCGGCUCUGCCGCCAUUGGUGGCAGUUUCAGGAACCAAGCAGUGUAUUGGGUUGGUCCCUUGCUUGGUGCUGCCGUCGCUGGCCUUCUCUAUGACAAUGUAGUGUUCCCAGUAACCGCAACAACUGGAGUUUCUGAUGGACUUACUGUGUGAUUAAGUUCUUGUAAUUUGUAAAUAUAUAAUGUUUUUAUCAUUAUUGUGUGUGUUUAGAAGUGUCAUACCAACUUCAAUUCCUCAUCCUAUUAAUCAAACUUGUUUAUUAUUAUUAAUUAUUGAUUUUGGAAU